AUGUGCUUUACGCAACAGCAGCUAGCUCCCAAUGUCUGAGGGUGAGAAGACCCGCUGGGUGCCGCAGUGUUCCCCGACCCAGUGGAGAAAGACGAGGAGAAGAUGGGCCUUCUACCUGUCGGUGUCCGGUCGGUGUGACCGGAGGUGUGUGACGGACUGCGCGGGGAGGGGGCGGACAUGAGUAAAUGACGUCAGCUCCCAAGUUGCAGAGCAGAGAAACAAACAUGGCGACAGAAUGGAGUGGGCAGCAGGGUUACAUUCUCACCGUCGUUAUCUGCCUGUGGAGCGCGGUCAGCGGCCGGACGGAGACCGCCACGGCGGGCCCGGGGAGCUCCGGGGUCCGCACCGGCAGCCAGGUCCUCGGCAUGCGGCUCGAGAGAAGCGACAAGCCGUCCAGCACCAAUGACGACGGUGUCAUCCAGGUGACCGAGGAGAGCACCGUUCAGCUCCGGUUCUACGGGGUGCAGCUCCACUCGGGUGCCUGGACUCAGAUCCGCUUCACGGAGCUGGCGGACGGCGGGGGGGACGAGGACGAGGAGGGUGAACCCCGGGAGGCGGUGGCGGCGGCCAGGGGCGGGACGGACAUCGCAGUGGUGGACUCACCGGACAGGACCUGUGUGGAGUUCACCAAGGAUAUCAGCAUCGGUCACUUCUUGAACGUCAGCAGCCGCGGCACGUCCGGGCUGCUCAGCGUGCACGUGAAGCCGCUGCGCAAGAGCGAGGCGUGGAAGGAGUAUGCCCUGUGCACGCCGAGUGAGGACGGGGCCCGGUGGGUGCUGCUGGGGGACAGCGACGGGAGGGUGAUGGUGAUGGAGGAGAAGAAGUCCCUGCUGCCCAUGUGGCUGCAGGCCAUCCUCAUCUCCUGCUUGCUGGUGCUUUCAGGGAUGUUCGGCGGCCUGAACCUGGGCCUCAUGGCGCUGGACCCCAUGGAGCUCCGGAUCGUCCAGAGCUGCGGUACCGAUAAGGAGAAGAAGUACGCCAGGAAGAUCGAGCCCAUCCGCAGCAAGGGGAACUACCUGCUGUGCUCCCUGCUGCUGGGGAACGUGCUGGUGAACACUACCCUCACCAUCCUCCUGGAUGACCUGAUCGGGUCUGGUCUGGGGGCGGUGGUGGCCUCCACCAUCGGCAUCGUCAUCUUCGGGGAGAUCGUCCCUCAGGCGCUGUGCUCCCGCCACGGACUGGCCGUGGGAGCCAACACCAUCCUGGUGACCAAGUUCUUCAUGCUCCUCACCUUCCCGCUGUCCUUCCCCAUCAGCAAGCUGCUGGAUGUCCUGCUGGGACAGGAGAUCGGAACCGUGUACAAUCGGGAGAAGCUGGUGGGGAUGCUGAAGGUGACGGAGCCCUACAACGACCUGGACAAGGAGGAGCUGAACAUGAUCCAGGGGGCCCUGGAGCUCAGGACCAAGACGGUGGAGGACGUGAUGACUCCACUGGCCAAUUGCUUCAUGAUCCACGCGGAUGCGGUUCUGGACUUCAACACCAUGUCGGAGAUAAUGGAGAGCGGGUACACGCGCAUCCCGGUGUACGACGAUGAGAGGUCCAACAUCGUGGACAUCCUGUACGUGAAGGACCUGGCGUUUGUGGAUCCGGACGACUGCACCAACCUGAAGACCAUCACCAAGUUCUACAACCACCCAGUCCACUUCGUGUUCCACGACACCAAGCUGGACGCCAUGCUGGAGGAGUUCAAGAAGGGUAAAUCCCACCUGGCCAUCGUUCAGAAGGUGAACAACGAGGGGGAAGGGGAUCCUUUCUACGAGGUGCUGGGUCUGGUCACCUUAGAGGACGUCAUUGAGGAGAUCAUCAAGUCCGAGAUCCUGGAUGAGUCCGACCUUUACACUGACAACAGAAACAAGAAGAAGGUGGAUCCCAACAAGAACAAACGAGACUUCUCAGCCUUCAAACAAGAAGGUGACAGUAAGGUGAAGAUCACUCCUCAGCUCAUGCUGGCAGCACAUCGCUUCCUGGCCACAGAGGUUAGCCUGUUCAGCCCGUUCCAGAUCACAGAAAAAGUCCUGUUGAGGAUCCUCAGACACCCGGACGUCAUCCAGGAGCUGAAGUUCAACGAAAAUGACAAGCGAUCACCUCAGCACUUCCUGUACCAGAAAGGCAAACCUGUCGACUACUUCGUACUCAUUCUGCAGGGAAGGGUGGAGGUGGAAGCUGGAAAUGAGAACAUGAAGUUUGAAACUGGCCCUUUUUCUUACUAUGGAGUCAUGGCUCUGAGCACGUCAUCACUGGCUGUUACCCCUCCUCCCUCCCCAUCCGUGGCCUCCCCCCCUCCACGCCGCCUCUCUCUUAAGAGGUUUUCUCUGUUCUCUCGUUUCCCAGAAUUCCGUUCCCCGUCACACGGGGGCAACCUCAAUCGCUCGGCCUCUCUGAGCUGCACAGAGCGCGCUCCAGAGGGCAGCUCCAUCAGUGGGAGCAACACUCAGAUCCCAGGAACCCCGUUCCAAUAUGUACCAGACUUCAGCGUCCGAGCACUCGCAGAUCUUCAGUUCGUUAAGGUCACGAGAGCUCAUUACCAAAACGCUGUCCUGGCGUCUCGGCUGGAUAGCACGCCUCAGUCUCCUGAAGGCAGCCAUGCUCACCUGGACAUAUCUGUGUCUUUGCCUCCUGUGACACCACCAGGGACACACACCCCACCUCUGCUGGCCACGCCUCCUGUAAAACACACAUCACCCAACACUCAGUCGACCCCCCAGGGCAGCCGUGCCACCUUCUUCAUCAGUUCCUCCAUCUCCAGCCGCAGGCCGAGUCAACCUCUACCCCAACCCAUCGCCCCUCCCAACAGUCACUCCUCUCUCUCCCAAACAUCUCCCUCCUCUGUGAGCAUGGUGCCCUGCCCCAUAAACCCACCGGUGAUGACCUCUCUGUCCUCCAAGUCCCAGCCGUCCCCUCCCUCUGACAGUCCAGAGAACGGUCACGAGGAGACCACCACUCUGCUCAGUGAGCAGGAGCAGCAGCAGAACUGCGUGGGCCCCCGUCGGUCCAUCCACGCCCAACCCCUUCCACAUGUCCACUCUGUCAGUCACGCACACACUGAGAGCACCAUCUAAUCCCCACUAGAACCACAACCUAGUCACUCAGGCAAUAUGUCUGAUUCUUGUGUCCCAAGCCUUCCUGGGAAUGGAACAUCUGGGAACAUCUCCCAGACUUCAGAGAUCCUCCAUCAUCCUCCCUGCCUGUUCCUCUCCCAGCACUGACUAAAGACCAAACAGCAACAGGAAACACUAGUGAGCAUGUAGAUGGUCAAGGAUGUGUCUUCUUAAGUACAUAGUCAACCCACUGGAGUUAGUUUUACCUGCACAGGUGAGAGGAAGAGUGAAGGUGAAUGGAAUCAAAAGUGUUGCUGCUCAAAAUUUGGGAGUACAACAUUUAGACAAAAAGAAACAACUAAGCCAAAAAGUUAUUUUAACAACAUUAAUAUAAACUUCCAUUAGAAGUGAUUGCCCAGACCACAGAAAGAGAGCCAUCAGUGCAGCAGGUUGCUCCUCUUCUCCUGCCUUCUCCCUGGGAUCACAUGUACCACUGACCUGGAGCAGAGAGUAAAUAUUCCUGUAGAUCCAUUUUAGGUCGUCCCAAGAGAAAACGCAGUCCUGAGAGAAUAAUGUUUAAAGGGCAGGUUCACCAAAAAAUAGAUCAUUUUUAUUUCUUAUUUUUGAAAACGAUCAGUCGUUCUGAGUUUAACAUGCAGACUAAACAUGAAAACAGCUACUUUUCCCCCAGAAUAGAAAGUAUUCAUUCUCACUCAUCAGACCUAAACAUACCAUAGAAUAAUAAUGAAACUGAUUUAUGCAUUUUAAACUUCCAGAUUUUCCAGGUUUUGAGCAACACAAGAUUCCAUUUACCUCCCAUCACUCCAUUUAGCCAAAACCAUCUGGUUUAUUUAUUUAUUUAUUUUUAGAAAUCGUCGCAAGUCAAACGACAUCUUGUGGCACAGCUUGUUGUUCACUUACAUGUUUUCAGUUUGUCACUAUUUUGAUGUUUCUUUUUCACCCAAAGAUUUUAAACUUUCCAAAGUUAACCAGGAUGCUUUUAUUUACAGGGUUUCGGGUUCAUCGCUUGUUGCCUGUUGGACUAGAUUAGAUUCUGUAAAACUGAGGUUUCUGAGUCGAGAACAAAUAUCAGUUUAACUACCAGCAAAGGGACCAGAUUCACUGUAAGAGAAGGACUCAGCUAGCCUGGCAAGCCAGACUAAAUAAAUGUAUUAUUUAAUAAUACAUUUAUUUAGUCUGGCCAUGCUCCAUUGACGGCUCUCGGUUGUGGGGCGGGUUCUACCGUUGUCUUUCAAAUGAUCUCCGCAUUCCACUGGAGAAUGAAUGUGACAUACUCUUGUUUCACUCUGUUGCAUCAUCCCACCCACCAGGCAUAUAGAGUGCCCUGAUUGGCCCACAAAGCGGAUAAAGCUCUGUGAUUUGUUCACCAAGCAGAUAGAGCACUAUGAUUGGCCCACCAUUAUGGACCAAUCACAACUCUUUAUGUGUUUGAAACCCCUCUAGAGAGCUGUGAUUGGCUAGCCAGAGUCCUGGUAGGAGCUGCGGAGGUUCCAAUGGAGCAUGCCUAGACCAAACUUUGCAAAGCAAGAAUUUGGUCUAGUUCACUAGGCUAGGACUCAGCAGCAUGAUGCACCACUACUGUUCACCUAUGUGAGGUCAUUCAGCUGCAGACACUUCAGGGAACCACUGGCUUUUUAAUCACGUCUCUUGUUAUGUCAGAAAAUUCAACCAGGGGUCCUGUUUUUAAUCAGAUCAGUCAAACAAGUUCAAACAAUAACAAGGUAGGAGGCUCUUUUCUUUAAUUCUUUAAACUGUCAUUCCUACCCUCCUGCAUGUCAGCAGACUUGUUUCUACAGGUCAGUCCAUCUACUGGUCCCUGUACCUUUACUUUGUGAGGUAUGUUUACAGUAUGGGGCUGAGCAUGCAUUCUUGUCGGAUGCCAGUGUUGUGAAUAAUUGCAGAUAAUGUUGAUAAAACUUCUAAAACUCAGCUGCCAAGGCAUUUUUGCCCCAACAGUAGCAGAUCAAAGUAUGCAGUGUAAUUGUAUUGAAAAGCAGACCCAGACUGGUUUUCCUUUAGUCAUACUGGUGCACUCUUCAUCUAGGCCAAAACCAGACAUUCAAAAGAAAUCCUGUACUAAAUGGGAGCAUGACGGUAAAAGCUCAAGAUAGCUGUCUGCAGUGUUAUUUUGCCACCUUGUUAACAUUUUACUUUAAAAUGAAAGCAAAUCUUUGAGUUUUACAUUUUAAAACUAAGGAAAAUCUAUUUUUAAAAUUGAUCAAGCACAAAAUUGAUGGCAUAUUUAAAUCCAGCUGUACAUAUAAAUGUUUUCAGAUUUCAGUUUAUUACUUGAGAUUUUUUUUUAAAUCCAUUUCCAGAGUUUGCUUGAGUCUCCUUCCUUGCAGUGGUUCCCUGAAAGCUGCAGCCCGCAAUACAAGAAUAAGCUAUAAAAGCGUAUCUGUAUCAGAGGAGUUACCAUGUAAAACUGUUUCAGCAGGAAUCUGACAGUUCUGGCUUACCUCCUGAAGGCAAUAUGUUUUAUUUUAUUUUUAAGAGAGACAUGUAAAUAUUUAGUCUGUGUAAAGUAAUAAUUUAUGCAUGUUAGUUUUAUUUUUUAUUUAAAGUUAUUUUUUUUCUAUUUUGAGCUGACGAACAAGCCGUUUGUUGUACGUCUUCCAAACACCGAGCAUUUCUUCUGAGUUUCCCUCACUGUGAAACGUUUACGGCAGCUUCAGUUCCUUCUUAAAGUCAUGCAGCAUCCAGAGAGCUGCAGAGGACCAGACCGGGUCCCCGGCCUGUUCUGGUGCAGCGGUGUGUUAAAUUACACCGGGUCAUUUAAAAAAAAAAUUAUUUCCACUGAGUUAGCUUUGGUUGAAGCUUGUUUAAUUAUCAACACAAAGACUAAGUACAAGAGAGGUGUUUACAGCUGAAUGUUGUGUUUGCUGCAUUUGGAUCAGAAACAUUCAGGGUUAACCAGGAAGUUGAUUAAAUGUUCCUUUUUCAUGAUUCUACUAUUUGACGCAGUUUGCUGUUAGGAACACAGCUGUGAUGCUCUGUUCUGCUGAAGCGCACAAACAAAACAGCUGUUUAAAACAAGUUGGCAGCUGGAUGCCUUUAGUCUAUGACGGUUGUUUAUAAGCUGCUGUUUGUUUCGUAUUUUCAUUAUUAUUCAUCCGCUCGGCAGAGUUAUUUAUUUAUAAUGAAUAAAUAACUCUGCUCUCUUUCUAAAUCUGAACUUUUCAUGUAUGUUCAUUAUAAAACGUUGGUUUGAAAGUUAUUUGGGAUUUUAUUCUCAUGUUUGCACUGAGGAGGUACAAGAUCAAAUCUGUUCUGUCUGCUGUGUAAUGUAUCAGCACUACGGCAACAAAUUUGGGUCAAGACCGACUGGAACAUUGGUUGGACCGGUUUUGUCGGAUGAUGGCAAACAGACUUGGUCCAGUGGGAUUGUUUUGUUGUGCCCAGGCCCGUCUUGAGACAAAGCCAGGUUCAAGGCAAACGGAGGGAACAAAAGCUACUAACAUUGAAUCUGGUUAACAGUACUGAGAAUCGUAAUCUUUUUGGAAUUAUUUGAAAAUGCAGGGAAAAAUUCCCCUGAACGUUUGGCCUGAUAAUACAAACAUGGGGUGGGGGGGCAAAGCCACGAGUCAGAUCUCACUUUGCUGCAGGUGUUGGAGACUAAAUAGUAAAAAACGCACCCGUUUUCAGUUGAAAUGAUGCUGAACUGGUUACUUAAAUAUUUCUGCUUGUGUCCAAACAAAUAAAUUGCAACACUCUAGUGACAUUAGUGAAAAUGUCCGGCAGGUUUUCAUGGUGCAGUUUAUUCAAAGUGUGUAAAUCUGUCAUCAUCUGUUUACCGUUCAUCCGUACUGUUGCCAGAUUCUCUGUUUUCAUCUCCAACAUGGGUUCAUGUUGCAUUUAAAUGAUUCCAGACACAUGCUUUGACUCUGGGGCUUUUUAAAGGAAAUUAUUUUGAACAAGUUCACUAUUCCCCAUGAAGAACAUUUUUUGAGCCCUCGCUAAUGUUUCGAGACAUUUCAGGUUAUGUCAUAAUUGUUUUUUCUACAUGUAUGAAACUGUUUAACUGUAAAGAUGAAGUUAUUUUUGUUGAAAAUGCUCAGAGAUAUUUAUUUGAAAAGGUACCACUGUAUAAGCUAGCACUGAUGUGAAAAAACACUUGAGACGUGCAGGUUUCAUAAAAAAAUAUCAAAGUGAUUAGUCCAAAGGAAUUAGACGUUUUGUGGGAUUGAAUCCAAAGUUCUGGAAUACAAAUCCUGCUUCAGCACACAAACGGUUCUAGAUUCACUGUGGUUAUUCUGACAGAAUUUAUUUUUUUAUUAUGCUGGGUUAAAACAAAUCCCAGCAUUUAAACGUGCUGGAGUACAGGUGACGUAUACUCAAAGACAGAUUAUAUGAUAUUAUGUGUACUUUAAAAAUCUUAACUGAGGAGUGUAACUGUACAGGAAACUACUUAUAACUGUUAAUGCCACUCAAGUUUUGCUAACUGUAUUAUUAAAACAACGGUUUUAUUUUCCCCUUAUAUUAAGAUGAUUGUGUAAUGAGAAGUGAUGCUACGGCAGUUUGAGUCAAAUCUGGAGAUGAAUGAUCUGGUAGCUCUAAACGUAUCGUAAAUCGCUCCGCUACUGUGCUUUAGCUCUAGAUCUGUAAAACAGUCUAAUUUCAUUCAUUUUCCAGUUUGCGGAUGUCGAUUAGCCGUGGUGAAGUUAGUCAGCUGUAGAGGUAAAGGUUUGAUUUCAGGGAGGGGGUUUGCUGGCUUCUCUAAACAUUCACUUUGGCAGCAGGCGGUAAACACUUUCCUGGCGCAUGAGUUAAACUCGUCAGAUUUUACUGGUCUGAUGUUCAUCAGGACGUGCUCAGUCAGAGCUGCAGUCUUCCUCUGUUGUUAUGAAAUUGAAAUGGGAACCAGUCAGCCUUCUGUGUGAAAAUUUAUUUAGUAAAAUAAUUAAAUUCCCCUCGCGGUGAUUUAAAAAUAUGUAUCAUCCAUUAUCAGGUCAUUUUGUGGUUAAACGAUUUGACCCAACAGACCAAACCUGCAUGAAGAUGUUCCAGCAGAUAAACUCAAUCCUCUGACAUAGUCGUAUACAUGCUGCAGAUCAAACGAGUCAAAACAAGUCUCUUGUGCAAUAAGGCAGGAACCACGUUUCUGUAAUUCCAAGAAUUCAGACAUUCUGGUUGAAAGCAAUCCAAACCAGAGAUGAGUUUUUACAACUUUUUCCAGAAUAGAAAUGCAGUUCAGGCCCAGAUUGCAGUUUCAGAGUAAGUAUUGUGUACUAUUACACUCCUCUUUUUCCUCGUUACGUCAAACGUGUGCUGAAACUAUUUCUGUUUUCAUUGCCACAAGCUAACGCUGUAGUCCGAUAGGAAUAACUGGCAUGAGGGGGACAACGAGUGCUUUUUGUUCCUCCAGGAACUUCCCGAAUGUUAAAUCUGGCAACGGGAAAGAACAGACUUCAGCAAUCUCCUGACUUGAAGCUGAAAACCUGGGUGUGAAAUAUUAGCCUUAUGUUUUUUUUUUAUAUAUUCAGACCUGCCUGUUGGUUUAUAGGUUUCAUGUAGCAACUGGAAGCACUGGUUUAUAGAGGAAUCACUGGUUGUGUGAAUGUGGAGAUGUUCCUAGUGAAGAUGCAUUUACAUUUGUACACAUUUUAUUUAUUUAUUUAUUUGUGAGUAAGAAUAUGUGAAACGGGCUUCCAGCUGUGACCUGCAGCACUUAAUGGGUUCAUUUGUCCACAGAAUCCAUGUUCAGGUUCCUGAUUUGUGUUUGUGCUACACGACUGUAAAUACUCUGUAUAUUUAUGCUAAUGGACAUCUAGAAAUGACAGAUCUAUUUAUAACGAGAUGAACUUUUAGUUUACUUGUCUGAAGGCAUUGCAAUAAAAUAGCACAAAACUGACCUCAGUUAAAGAUUACGAUUUUUAAAAGGGACAAAGUCACUUAGAUGUCCUCUCCUAUAUUUCCCCCUCUCGUGCUGCCUGAUCCCGUUUACUCCUAGCCCUAAUCUCAACUCCUCUCCCACUGUGUGAAGUAUUGAAAUUCCUCUGGCUUUGGCUUAGAGACGUUUAUUGUUCCGAUCCGAGCUUAUCAGCAACUUCUGCCUGUUGGUUUUAGUCCUGCAACGGAGUGAUGAUUAGACUUCUAUGAAGGUUAAAUAUUUUCUAGUGAAACACGAGUUUUCCACACUGAGUCAACCUCUGAUGGGUUAUUGGAAGUGUUUGAAGAUGAACUCAAGAGGAGCAAAGCAGAAGAAACAGGGGAAGGUAGUUAAAUUAUUAUCUGUAUAUAAAAUGUAAAUAGGUUGCAGUUUCUUUGCACAAGGAGAAAGCAGACAGGGUUUGUGUUUCUUAAGUCAAGGACCUAAAAUAAGAUGAAAGAAAUCCUCUGACUUCAGGCCUUGAAUCUAUUUUUCUUUAGAGUAUUUAACAAUAAUUCAGACAUAGAUGAACAUGUUUGGCUUUUUUUUUCCUGGAAGCCGUUUAGAUGGAAGAAUUUUGACUCCAAGCAUGGAUGAUGUAAGUGAAAGUCUGUAAAUACUGUUUUAUAUUUCCUGUAAGGCAUUUGAGGAGAUCGAUGAGGUUAAUAAACCUGAGGUAUAUUUCUCUACAGAAAA